AUGGCGGAUCUUCCGAAGGAGCGGCUAGACGGUUCUCAUGCCUUUGAGAUCACAGGCGUCGACUUUUGUGGCCCUUUUUUCUACAAGCCAGAGGCACGCAACAAGGCUCCAAUCAAAUGCUACGUCUGCGUCUUCAUUUGCUUUGCGACUAAGGCUGUUAAUUUGGAGCUGAUCAAGGAUUUGUCUACAGUCUCCUUUCUGCACGGCCUAAAGCGGAAUGAGCUUUUGGAUCUAAAGCGCCUAUUUCUCAGCGACGACCAUCAGAAGGCGGUCCUGGAAUAUUGUUUGUUUGAGGCUAUUGACUGGCACUUCAUACCGCCACGCUCCCCGCACUUUGGAGGCCUGUGGGAAGCUGCAGUGAAGACGGCCAAGUAUCACUUCUAUCGUGCUAUAGGCACCUCGGUGCUUGAAUUUGAAGAGCUGCAGAAUCCUGCCGAUCUGGACGUUUUAACUCCAGCCCAUUUCUUGAAUGGCGGACCUCCUGCUUCGUUCGCUGAGCCUGACGUAACUCAGCUAAAAUUCGAUCGCCUCAACGGAUGGCAGCGCGUUUCAUAUUUGCAGCAGAUCUUCUGGUCCCGAUGGAAGGAAGAAUACAUCACUUCACUGCAACAGCGCUCAAAGUGGCGCACGCCGAAGCCUAGUUAA